UACUCCACCGUCUCUGUCUGUCUCUCUCUCUCUCUAGUCUCGACUCUCUGACGCAAUUGCGGUCUCGUCUCUCUCUGUAUUACGCCGCUCACGGCCUCACCUCUCAGGAUUUAGGGUUUUACUGAGUUUUGCUACUGCAAAUGGAGAAUCGAACCCCCACCAAUCAGCUCUCAGAAGAGGCAAGUUCUCAGCUCCAAGAAGGCAUCAAUUUGCUUUUCUCUCGUUGGACUGCACUUCAAAUGGCCGUCCAGAACGAGUGGGGCGGCCGUGAUUCUCGCCAGAGAUCCCAACAGUUCGCCCUCGAUAUUUUCUCUUGCCUUACCCAAUCAAAAGGGAAACUAUAUAUUGAUGAUUUGGAGAAUAUGCUUGAUGAAUUUAUGCUUUCUCUCAACACUGAGAUUGAUGAUGGAAGCAUUGAGGAGAUUGCAGAGAAAAUAAUGUUUAUGCAUGAAGAAUGUUUGGAAGGUAAUUUUAGUUCUAUUGUCCAACUAAAAGAAAUCGCCCCUCCCACAAGUGCUGCUCUUCAAUUCAAACAGGCUGUCAACGAAGACGAUGACAGUAGCAGUGACGAUGAUGAAGAGGAUGUCCCCAGAAAAGAUGAUGCAUCCGAGAUGGUAAUUGAUAAUCCAGAAUCCCAGUCAAGUUUAAGUGAAAAGGACAUGAUGAUUGAUGAGCCAAGGCUUAGUGAGGUGGCUGAAGCAGAGGAUGGAUGGACAGUUGUGGGAUCUAGGCGGAGCAGAGGUAGAAGGAACUAGGUUGGAAAUCUCAAGAUCAACUAUAGAUAGUGUUUAUUUAUAUUGUUUGUUACCUUUUUUUGAUCCUUUUCUUCGUCAAUCAUUGUUCUUUUUCUAGGCUUGUUCUGUGUGCCUUAAUUUUGACUUGCAUUCUGCUGCCAUGCCAAAGAAAUAGAGUUUUUGGCAUUUUCUGUUUGCCCGAAUUAGCAAUUCGUUUUAAUAGAGCCGCGCAUCA